UAGGAGUUCCCGGACGGGGAAAAAAAAAGAUUGUGUUCUCACGAUAACUGCUAACUAUGGAGAGUGGCGAGACAGCUCGCCAGAUGAGCAGAGGCCUACUUCUAACAAGUUUGCCAACGACGGCAGCUUCCUCCAGCAGUUUCUGAAGAUGCAGAAGGAGAAGUCGGCCUCAAACUCAGGAUCGGCUGUGGGUCCCCACGCAGGAGCCGGCAGUGACCCCUCGAACAGCAGGCUGGCCCCCGCUCCGGGAGGCUCUGCGGGCGGGGCGCCGGCCCCGAAGAAGAGUAUCCUGAUAGGCAAGCGGCCCGGCCUCGGCUUCAGCAGCAUGCUCAACCAGUACAAGAACUACUCCCAGGCCAAGCAGGCCCCCCGCGUCCCCCGCCCCAGCGUCUUCGUCUCGCCGGAAGAGGAGGAGGACGAGGAUGAGACUGACGAUCUGCACUACCUAGAGGUCAAAGUUUCCCCUCCAGAGGACCCCGAGACCCGCACUAUCCUGGAGAAGAUGGCGGUCUUCGUGGCGGAAGGGGGGCCGGAGCUGGAGAGGAAGGCCAAGGAGGACUACAGGGACAACCCCCUUUUCUUGUUCUUGUAUGACAAGAACAGUCGGGACUAUCUGUACUACAGACGGAAAGUGGCAGAGCUCAGAAAGGAUAAAACCAAAGAAGAGAUCUCCCCCAGCUCAGAUGUUUCCCCCCCAGUGGACGAGGAGGUGCACAGGGUGGCGGAGAAGCUGGCACGCUUCGUCGCGGAUGGCGGGCCGGAGGUGGAAACAAUCGCCGCUCGGCACAACCGCGGGAACCCAGCCUUCAGGUUCUUGUUCGAGCCUGACAGCGCAGCUCACCGCUUCUACAGGGAGCGGGUGGAGGAGUUUAGGCGGGCGGGGAAGCAGCAGAGCCCCGCCCCCAGCCCCCCGGAGACGCAGGCGAGGCUGAAACGCCCGGCCCCGCCCCCCGACGCCCCGCCCCCCCCGGCCGUCUCCCCGACGACCGCGCCGGCGCAUACCGCCAGCAAAAAGAAAAGGAAGAGCCGCUGGGGGUCGGAGGAAGACCGGGUCGACGUGCCGCUGCCCCCCAUCAUCAUCCCCGCGGAGGCGGAGCCCGAGCCGCAGACCCCCACACUCUCCGCCCAGGAGCUGAGAGGCCUGGGGUACAAGAAGGGGAAGCCCGUGGGCUUGGUGGGAGUGACCGAGCUGUCCGAGGACCAGAAGAGGCAGCUGAAAGAGCAGCAGGAGAUGCAGGAGAUGUACGACAUGAUCAUGAAGCACAAGCGGGCGAUGCAGGAGAUGCAGCUGAUGUGGGAGAAGGCCCUGCAGGAGCACCAGCACGAGUACGACAGCGACGAGGAGAUCGAUACCAAGCAGGGCACCUGGGAGCACCGGCUGCGGCAGAUGGAAAUGGAGAAGACCCGCGAGUGGGCAGAGCAGCUGACCGAGAUGGGCAAAGGGAAGCACUUCAUCGGGGACUUCCUGCCGCCCGAAGAGCUGGAGAAGUUCAUGGAGACCUUCAAGGCCCUGAAGGAAGGCCGCAACCCGGACUACUCGGAGUACAAGGAGUUCAAGCUGACGGUGGAGAACAUCGGAUUCCAGAUGCUGAUGAAGAUGGGCUGGAAAGAGGGAGAGGGCCUGGGCUCGGACGGACAGGGCAUCAAGAAUCCGGUGAACAGGGGCACCACCGCGGUGGACGGCGCGGGGUUCGGCGUGGACCGGCCCGCGGAGCUGAGCAAGCACGACGACGAGUACGACGCCUUCCGGAAGAGGAUGAUGCUGGCCUACCGCUUCAGACCCAACCCGCUGAACAAUCCAAGGAGACCGUACUACUGAAGAAGGCACAGCCAAUACAAUACUAAAUGAAUAAAAGAAAUCUGAUCCCAUCAUUCUUUGCCAUGUGCAGUAAACUCCAGUCCACUCAAGACCGCUGGAAGCCUGGUAUCCUGGGAAGUGCAAUGCGGUCCCGGGACCGAAUAUUUCAGGCUGUCUUUGUUGUGGAAACAGAUACUCGAUUUGUGGUCAUCCUGUGUGAUGAAGGGACACGAUCUCUCUGCCACUAACACAGAAACAGGAACGGUUGAGCUGUUUCGGGUACUACAAAGAGCUGUGGUUUUUAAUUACUGAGCGUAUGGAGAAGAUGAUUGUUUGUUUUUUUUUUCCCCCAGAACUGUUCAUUGGCGACGGCUGCUGCUACUACAUUCUGGAUGUAUUUUAUACUGCAGACUUUGCUUUUGCUUCGGGUGUUUUGUACUGUGACAUUCUGGAUGUUAAGUGUGUGCACACAUCGGCACGACUGCUUCUCAAAAAGGCAGUUAUGUAACAAACAAAUCACUUUUGAUCUGUCAAGUGUGGGAUUUGGCUUGUCUGUAUUGUGUGUAAAUUGUUUGCAGUAUUCAGAUAUUCCUUCCUGUCGAGAAGCCAAAACAGUCGCAUUGAAUGUGAAACGUAGGGAGUUGCAUACAACGCCAGUCUUUAUCCUGAUAUUAAUGGUUCAUUCCUGCUGUCCCAAAUACAGAACGCUUGCCUCUUGCCCCCCAGGCUGUUAGUUUUUAUUGCACUGUAGAUAUAAAAGCGUCAAUGCAUGUCAUUGCGUCAACAAUAAAUUUUUCCAAGUGUCUCUUAAUAUUC